UUUCAUAUCACUACCGUUUGAGUUCUUGUGCUGUGUGGAUACUCCUCCCGACACAAAGCCGCUCCAUCAGCCAGCAGUCGUCUAAUCCAGAGACACCAAACCGAAAGACUUAAUUUAUAUUUAUUUAAUUAAUUUUAAUAAAACACACCAAAUCUUACAAAAUGUGUGACGAAGAAGUUGCUGCUCUGGUUGUCGACAACGGCUCUGGCAUGUGCAAGGCCGGAUUUGCCGGAGACGAUGCUCCCCGCGCCGUCUUCCCAUCGAUUGUGGGACGUCCCCGUCACCAGGGUGUGAUGGUCGGCAUGGGCCAGAAGGACUCGUACGUGGGUGAUGAGGCGCAGAGCAAGCGUGGUAUCCUCACCCUGAAGUACCCCAUUGAGCACGGUAUCGUGACCAACUGGGACGAUAUGGAGAAGAUCUGGCACCACACCUUCUACAAUGAGCUGCGUGUGGCACCCGAGGAGCACCCCGUGCUGCUGACCGAGGCCCCGCUGAACCCCAAGGCCAACCGUGAGAAGAUGACCCAGAUCAUGUUCGAGACCUUCAACACACCCGCCAUGUAUGUGGCCAUCCAGGCUGUGCUCUCGCUGUACGCCUCCGGUCGUACCACCGGUAUCGUUCUGGACUCCGGCGAUGGUGUCUCCCACACCGUGCCCAUCUACGAGGGUUAUGCCCUUCCCCAUGCCAUCCUGCGUCUGGAUCUGGCUGGUCGCGAUUUGACCGACUACCUGAUGAAGAUCCUGACCGAGCGCGGUUACUCUUUCACCACCACCGCUGAGCGUGAAAUCGUCCGUGACAUCAAGGAGAAGCUGUGCUAUGUUGCCCUCGACUUUGAGCAGGAGAUGGCCACCGCUGCCAGCAGCUCCUCGUUGGAGAAGUCCUACGAGCUGCCCGACGGACAGGUGAUCACCAUCGGCAACGAGCGUUUCCGCUGCCCCGAGGCCCUGUUCCAGCCCUCGUUCUUGGGAAUGGAGGCUUGCGGCAUCCACGAGACCACCUACAACUCCAUCAUGAAGUGUGAUGUGGAUAUCCGUAAGGAUCUGUAUGCCAACACCGUGCUGUCCGGUGGCACCACCAUGUACCCUGGCAUCGCCGACCGUAUGCAGAAGGAGAUCACCGCCCUGGCACCGUCGACCAUGAAGAUCAAGAUCAUUGCCCCGCCAGAGCGCAAGUACUCUGUCUGGAUCGGUGGCUCCAUCCUGGCUUCGCUGUCCACCUUCCAGCAGAUGUGGAUCUCCAAGCAGGAGUACGACGAGUCCGGCCCCUCCAUUGUGCACCGCAAGUGCUUCUAAGAAGGAUCGCUUGUCUGGGCAAGAGGAUCAGGAUCGGGAUGGUCUUGAUUCUGCUGGAGGAGGAGGAGGAGAAGUCGAGGAAGCAGCAGCGAAAGUGCAAGUGCGAGUGGUGGAAGUUUGGAGUGCAGCACAACAAAAUCAACAACAACACCAACUACAAGAUGAAAAGAGCGGAACCACCUGCACACCAUCAUCAUUAUCAUCAUCGUUUUGGGCGCAUGUUGUGUGGUUCCAGCGUAUUAAUAUAAUUAAUUUAUUCCACAUGAGAUAUGAUAUGAUAUACUAUGUAUUUUUUGUUUUUUUUUUAUUUGUAAACCUUUAAUAUAACAAGAACUACAAAAAAUGAAAAUGAGCGAAAAUGCAUAUUCUGCCAUUCCACACACACACCAACAACACCCAACACACGCACACCCACAAGCUUACACACACACAUUCGCGGCAUGACAAGGACAUCAAGAUAAAGAAGAACUUAAAGAAGAUAUUUCCCAAAGCGCAAAAAGAACACACACACAUUGCAAAACACAAACAACACACUAGCGUUUUGUACAAUUCGUCAGCAACCUUAUGUAUUAUUUUUUAAUUAUGAUGUAAUUAUAAACAAAGUGAAACAAAAAUAUGAAAACAAAAAGGAAAAUCAAAUCUGUCUUCUCUUUCUCCCGCUCUCCUCGCUCUCUGCUGCUAACCUCGCCCUCUCCUCUCUCAUCUUUUUGUCUGUCUCUCUUCCACAUUUUUGCCGGCCGGCAAAAUAAUAACCCACACACACUCACACUUGGCUGCAGUUUCGCGUGCGAUAUUCACACACAUUCAAGCAUACAAGCAUACAUACAUAUGUAUUUUUUUUUUAUUUGUACACUUUUCUAAUUGCAUGCGUAUCGAUUGAUAAGUUUACGCCUGAAAAUGUUAAUUAAAAUGUGAAAAUGCAACUGAAAAACUGAUGAAAUGAAACAACAACAAGCGAACAAUUUGCUACAUGUGUAUUGUCUAACAACCGUUACUGCAACGGUUGCUUCGGAAAAGGGUGAAGAGGAAGAGGGCACGAGGUCGACGAACUAAGGCUGCGACGACAAGCGGCUGUCUCGCUCGCACGCACGCACGCAUGCGGGCUAAUGAUGCGAUUAAAGUGCCGUUUUAAAUGGCCAAGAUCCAAAUAAAAGUCGAGAUAAUAAGGCAAACACGCUAACACAAAUCGCUGGCAUAGUUUCAUCCGCCAGUUUGGCCAAAAGCAGCGGCUGCAAGCGCCGUUUAUCCGGUUUUUCCCAAACAUUUUCCAUUCAUGCGGCCAAAGAGGAGGAGCACCCAUCUUUCCAUCUUUCUCUGACUCGCACGGGCAAUGCAGUGCACCGGAAAGAAAGUGGUGCGAAUUGGGAUUUAUAGACUUACUUUAUAGACUUACACGUACAAAUAUACAUAGAUAUUAUAUUAUUUAAAUACAUUUUUAUUAUAUUGCUUAUAUAUUAGUUCGACUUCGAUAUCAUUUCUGCCAGUAUAAUUAUGGGCUCUGCUUGAUUUGGCGCUCGGAUGCUACGGUAAAAGUUAUCUUUCUGUGCUUUCUCCUUUGAUUCUUGAGUUUC